ACCAGUGGUGCGAUCAUACCGAGCUCAGCCUGCGUGUCAGUGCAGUCGACUUACAGCUGGCUGUGAGGACAACUGACGCUCUACCCUCCAUUCUGCUCUCAACCACCGCGACACUUCACUGAAAACUCUCCUGAACUAGAACAACUCACCAGACUCCGAUCCUCUCCGCAGUUUUUUAACAAAUAUUAUUAAAGUGGGUUUUAUAGGAAACUGAAGUUGGAGGCUGGGCCUUUAGCUUUCUGACCGAGCGGAGUAGAAGAAGAAGAAGAAAAGCUGGUCUUUUAUUUUUUUUUCUCGUUUGAAAAGUCGAUAAAUGCUACUCACGAAAAUGGACCUGUUGAACUACCAGUACCUGGACAAGAUGAACAACAACAUCGGUAUCCUCUGCUACGAAGGUGAAGCAGCUUUGAGGGGGGACCCCAGGCUCCAGUCCUUGUCCCUGUCCUCGUCCUCGUCCUCCUCUUCGUCAUCGUCGUCCUCAUCCUCCUCCAUCUCCAGCCACAGGACAGGUCCUCCUCCCAUUAGCCCUACCAAGAGGAAGCUGAAUGGGGACCAAGGGGACAGCGACAUGGACGACAACGAGCAUGUGGCAAAGAUGAGCCGACUGUUUGCUGCACAGCUGAAACCUAAUGGAGACUAUCGCAGCUCUCCGGUCUCUAAGGACCGCAGCCGGAGCCCCAGUGAGCGGGUGGUGGUGCCCAGUGGACUUGCAGUCCACAGCAACCACCUGUACAGCCACGCACACCACCACCAUCUCCACCUGGCCAGCUUAGCCGGCAUGGACCAGCCACUGGCGUUAACCAAAAACAGCAUGAUGGAGCCUGCGAGAAGCAGCACAGCAGCCAUGACCACAGUGCCACAGGCUGUCAGCACCGUGGAACGCCAGCAGAAUCGUCCUUCAGUGAUCACAUGCGCUCCGGCCAACAACCGCAACUGCAACCUGUCUCACUGUCCAGUCUCUCACAACGGCUGCUCAAGCCUCACUAACAACUACAGGAGAGCCAACACCAACACAGCCUGCGACCCAGUGAUUGAAGAGCAUUUCCGCCGCAGCCUUGGGAAGAACUACAAAGAGCCCGAGCCGGCCACCAACUCUGUGUCCAUCACCGGCUCGGUGGACGACCACUUCGCCAAGGCGCUGGGCGAGACCUGGUUGCAGAUCAAAAACAAGGGGAGUCCCUCGUCGUCAGGCAGCAGCCCAAACUCCUCCCCCGACAGUCACAUGAUCAACCACAACCACUCCCCAUCUGUGGUCUCCUGAAGGGGCCCAGAGAGAUUUUAGAGGGAUUUGCCCCCCCCCCCCCCCCCCCCUGCUUCCCCAGCCCCCCACAGCCCACUCCCAAUCACCCCGACUCCAACAUCCAUGUCCCUGUCACGAGGCAGCGGCCGCCUGCGGGUCGAGCCUGCUCUCUCCCUCUCUGCACUCGUAGAGGAUCAAAUCAGCAAUAUAUAACAACUGUCCUCUGGUUUGCUAAUGUCAGACAAUAAUCAGUCAUGAGGGAUGAGGGCUCAACUCUUGGACUGACAGGACAUCAUCGGGCAAGUGUCUGUAGUUAUAUGUACAUAAAGAGAGAGAGGAGAGACGGUGUUUUAAUUAUUCAAUUUCUUUUCUUCUUUGUUGUUGUUGUUUUUAUUUUUAACAGUAGAUGUUGUGUACUGCUUCUGCGUAAUGAGAUGCCUGGUGUUUGAUGGAAGAGAUGAGAAAGAACCACUUUGGAGACAAUAAUCACAAACCCCCUGACUGUGCUACCAAAGAAACCUGUAGACGUUGACGUUUAUCAAUGCCCAGAUCAAAAACCACAAAAAGCCAUCGACGAGGCUCCUCUCCGGUCGUCUUCUAAGUCUCUCACCUUCUCUCUCCUCUGUUUGUGUAACUGUAGGUGUAAACUCAAUCGAUCGACUCGGUCUGGUUUGCACUACUGCCAUAGGAGGUGGGGUCUGACAUGUCAUCAUCACAAUCUGGCCCUGUAAACACUGGGACUGAUAAACUGAACUCAAACUGACUGGAUUCAACAUUUCUGGGACCCGGACAUAAUGCAUCCAAUAUUAUAACCACGCUGCAUUAUUUAUUCAAUGCAUUUCUGAAGAAUGGAAAACACACAUCAGCACGAUCGGGGAGUAAUAAUCGAUUUGGAUACCGUGUUCCCCGAUCGUCAAAAACACAUUUGACCUGGGUUCAUUUAGGUGUAAACUAAAACACACAGAGAAGGUGGGUGACAAGCAGCAUCCCAUCCCAAACCAUUUCACUUCAUGAUUGCUGAGAAUAAUGUUUAAAAAUAUCCCUUCAAAUUCACUUCCAGCCAACUGGAGAGUAAAGGAUGAGGAUGAAGAGUCUAACUUCUCUCACUGGUCUUUACCUGGACAAGCCAUGUGCCAGAUUGUUGUGCGGUGAUUUGUGUUACGAGCACAGACAGGUUCUUUUGAUCAAAUCAGUGAGCGGGGGGUGUCGAUGGACGUGGUGCAGAGUGCAGCGGCUCUCAGAGACAAUGAGCUGCGAUGUGCUGAACUGAACUGCUGACAGCGACGAGGGGAUAGAUGACACUGCAUGUCACUUUGUGGUUGAAAGAAAAGAAGAUCCGAAAAAAAAGAGAAAAAGAACUGUCGGGCUUCUUGACCGGGGGAGAGAAGAUUAUUCAGAUCUCUUUAAACACGCCCUUUGUUUUUUUGUGUCUCUUUGAACACGGGUGUGGUCAUUAUAUUUGGCUCGCACCCUGCUGCCCCCCCCCCCCUACACACUGUGGUUUGGUAGAUUUCUUUAAGGUUCGAAGGGUAAACUAAUGCUUUUACAGAUGCAUGUAUUUUUUUCUUUUGUUUUUUUUUAAUAGCUGGUAUCUAUUAGUGUUUUUAAGCAUUUCAAUCUUAACUACUAUUAGCCUUUUCAUUUGGACGAUAGUUGUUACUUCUUUUGUUGUUAGUAACAGACAUAGACACUAUACACUCACUGCUGGGUCAGUCGUACUCCAUAUUAUUAUUGUUAAUGUUAUUAUUACAGUUUUGUACUUUUGGUUUUCCAUUAAUAUCAGUAUGGUCACAAGCAUCUGUAGUGGGACAAGCCUCCGGACAGGCUCUGUGUAACCAUUGAGACCUGAGUUUCUCUGAGUCGGCUUCAGGAGACGCUGCCUGUUAACGCUUUUCUUAAGAUGUUGAUCCAUUGGUGGUACAGGAUGCUGCAGCCUUCAGCGUGACUGAGCUGAGACGCCAGCCGGGCACAAAUCGGUCGGCAGGGCCUUGUUUUCCACGAAGCCUGAGAUACAAUAACACAACGUGAUUGUUGCGAGACUAUUUGGGUGACGUCUUGAAACCGCCCCCUUCACACCAGCCUCUACGUGCACCCCAAGAAGUACCACGUAGAGGACAAGCUAGCAGGCUAGAACGCUUCUGGAAAACAAGGUGUUGUUGAUGGUCAGAGUUAGUGUCUUACACUGAAUUUUACCACCCAAGAAAAAAAUACAACAUUGGAAACAACGUUGAGAUAUAAACAAACAAAACAACUCUUGUUCAGUGUGGAUUCAUGACGGGCUGUCAUAACUCUCUCAAACCUCAACAUAUGACUGGUUGUUUCCUGACUUGGUGUCCAGACUUUUCUAUUUUUGCUUUAUACUUCACUGCUUUCUGUUGUGAUCAACAUUGUGUUGUUGCUGCAGUUCGAGCUGCAGCCUGAAGAGAUGAGUUCUCCUCUGUAAGAAGAGCCUGCGCCUCAGCCGCAUACAUUCCUCCUAUAGGUAACUUUGUACAGGCCUCAUUUACACUCAGUAUCUCCACAUCAACACACUGAGCUGAUAACCAGCCACUUGUCCCAGAGUUCCCAGCUGACAUUGUGGACACCGUGUUAUUCUGACAUAACGUAUGAGGGAGGAACACACGUUGCCAUAAAAGAUUCAAGGGCGUCCAGAGCGAAGAACGUGUAGACCUGAGGUGGGAACACGUUUCGUGUCAUUGCACGUCUCUAACAUGACGUUUACAGAUUCGGCUUUAAUCAAAUAUGACGAGUUCAUCCGUUAAAGUUCUCCUCACAGAACGUCAGUGAUCUCACAUAUCCUCACAUUCCAUCCUCUCACAUCAGAACAGACAGAGCCAGAACUGAUGGCACAUGUUUUUAAAUCCCAACCCAACAGCCAGUGAGUUGGUUUCAUCACAAGCAGGUGGUCUACGAUCUCAGCGUGUUUUCUGUAACGGGUUCAGAGUGGGUGGUUAGUUUGUCCUGUUGGGGGGGGGGGAGCUUCAGGAGCUGAGCUUCUGUAAGAACAGUCUGAGCCGCGAGACGUUCACUGCCACUGGGCCUGUCCCAGCGUCCCCUCCUCUCAGAUUCAGUCGACCCUGACUCCGUUUGGAUGUACUUCACGUUUUGCUAGAAACCAUGAGGGAACGAGGCUUUGUGUCCAGACGAUUUUGUGUGUCUGUUAUUAUUAUUAUUAUUUGUUCUCAUUAUUGUUUCACUACCACCCUGAAGGUAGGAGGCGCUCUCUUCGCUUCGGCACACUCUCCCUACAGACUGUAGGAAAAUCACUUAAUAAAAAUUACUUUUUUAUAAUAGGUAACUAUAAGACCAUCAUUACGCUGUGCGUAACGAAUGUACAGAGAAAAAAUCGUAGGUAUUUUUUGAGGAACAAUUAAUUUGUUAAUGAUAUGUAGCUAUUUAAUUGUUUUUUCCCCUGUCCUUAUAUUGUAAUCAUUGCAUUUUCCUUUUCCUUUUUCUUUUUUGUGAAAAAAGUUGAUCUUUUUUGUUAACAGAGUGCAGGAGCACGGAAAAUGUAUGAAACCACAACGAGCCACUGGUGUCAGUGACAAUCGCUACUUCCAUUGGCCCCCGAUGUUCUGCCUUCAUUUACAUUGUGUUUGUUCGCGUGACUUCUACGACGUCACUCGUGAGCAAACAGAAAAGAGUUUGUUCUUUUCAGCUCUUGAUCAGUUUGCAUGUUUUGCUUCGGUGGAACCGAUCGAUGUUGCUGCCAGCCCAGUACGUCUCGUUAGCCUUUUCCAAACCAUUAACAUUUGAGUGUAAAAAUCAACAAUAAUCACGGGCUAGCAGGCGAGUUACAUUUCCACUUCUACAUGUCGGCACAAUGGGGCUCCUUUAGAAAACCCUUUGAUGACUGAGUUUGGUUUACAGAUGGGAACCAAGCAACAGGGAAAAGUCAUGUUUGAAUUCUGACACUGAAGCUUGGUCGGCUUCGCUGCUCGUCAGCGAGGAGCCAAGCAGUAAAUGAGCUUUGAGGAUGUCACGGUUCCCAUCUGGAGGCCAUUCAGCAUCUGUAAACACCAUGAAAAUAAAUUGUGCAGAUAAAUCAAAGAGGAGUCGCUCUAUACUCUGACUGUACCACAUUUUCAAGGUCUUUUUUGAAGUGGAAGUAGCAUGUACUUAGUAGUAGUAAUACUCUGAACUGUAAAAAAAAAAGAAAAGACAGUGUAUUAAGAAAACAACAGUCAAUUUGUGGCUCUGUGUCUCCUACUGAAAAGGUUUUGGCAGGCCACCUUUUUUGUACGUAAAGUAGCCUUGAUGAACAAUAAAGUGCUUUUAAACCAC